AUGUCUGACAACGAUUUCGGCAGCGGCAGUGCUCCCACCUUCCCGGAAACUGAGUCUGCAGACGUACUUGCCCGUGAUCGAGAGCAAUCACACUGCUCCGAUGUUCUACAGGUCAACGUGGACCAGAGCUCAGAUUCGCAGCUCAGCUCAUCGAUUGGCAACUUGGAUGAACUUAAGAGCGAGAUAUUCCAAGCAAAGACUACGGCUACAUCGGGGCGCCUGCCGGAAGAAUUUGAUCUUUCAGCUGUCAGAAAUCCCGACUCGACUUCGCCAUCGCUCGCCUCCAGUAAUUUGGCCAGAAGCACAGCAGCCGCGGAUGCUGCAGAUAGUCGCGAAGGCAACUCACAUAUUGCUUCCUCGUCGUUGGCUGUAGAUAGUCCAGUCGAUGAGGCCAAUGGAUCAGUACCGCAUAGCUAUUUCAGUACUAUCAAAAUGGCUGUGCCAGGUCGGAAGCCCAGGGGUCAAGGCGGCCGAAGAGCCAAGAACUACCAGCUCGACGAUGGAACGAUAGUCUCCGGAAAGGGACUGGGACGGGGCAGACCAGGCGUCAAGCGUGGUCCGCGAAGAAGUUCUCUUGCUGAUGAGCUUGCUUCAGGAGCGUCGACGCCCGGAUCCGCUCCCAAAAUCGCCGCCAAUGCUAAGGCAGAUCAAGAGAGCUCGAUCAAGCGGAGACGUUCAACCAAAGCGCAGAGAACGAAAGACACAGCUGAUUCGGACUCUGAGCUCAGUGCUUCGCGCGAAUCAACGCCGGAGUACAAUCCGACCGAGGAAACUCGAUCAGGUCGCAAGAUCCAAAAACCUGCAGCGCCCCAGCCGGUCGUCCCCGAAAGCGCUAGCCCCGCCUCGAAGCGCCCAAAGCUGGAGAGCCGCAAUACUGGGUCCGCAUCUUCGCCUGCAUUGAAGCUACACCCGAAGAUCAAGCGACGUUUGUACAGAGGUCGUGAACAACUUGCACUAUGCGAGCACUGCCAACGGGGACAUGGGCCUCAGGGAAAUGCCAUCGUCUUCUGUGAUGCCUGCAACAAGUGCUGGCAUCAGCGCUGCCACGACCCUCACGUGCCACAAUCCAUCGUCAGCGACUCCAAAGCAGAAUGGUUUUGCUCCAACUGUGAGAAGAUCCUGCACGGCAAGAAGGGCAAGAAGGUCAAGGCUGGCGAGACGCCAGCAGCACGUGCUGUGCCACCGAUGCCUCAGUUCGUUGGACCGUUAGUCGGUGGCGCAGCACUAACGCAAGCUCACAAGAUCGCUUUCCUCGAAUCGAGAACCAAAGAGCAGCUCAUCUCUUUGAUACUCCAGGGCAGUGACCUAGCUCCGGCUCUGCCCAUGUUUCAAACACCAGCGCCUCAGCUACCACAAGCUCAGUUCAAAUCCAACUACGUUACACCUAUCUCAUCUACACCAGGCUUGCAUACCGCUGGGACGGGCGAAGUGGAGGACGAAGGAUAUGAUUCCUACUUCGACGACCAUGCUGCCCUUUACCCAAAGCCUGGGCAAGGUGUUAAGCUACCUCCAGACUCUGUUGAUCUUCACAUGCUGCUCGAGCACCCUCAGAGCCGAACUUUCAGUCACUGGAUUCGUGGUAUGCCGACCAGAGAGUAUAGUGGCAAUGCUGAUAUCGUUUUUCAACGACAACAGUAA